UUCGUUCAUCUUUUCUUCUCCGUAUUCACCUUUUCGUGUUUGUGUUGAGUCUGCGACUCUCUCUUCUUUGUUUCUCGCUCCGAUGGAGAACGACACCGCCGCCACCAACACCAACGGCAGCGCCACCGCCACCGCCAAACUCGCAAUUGCCGGUGGGAAAUCAAACAGCCACAGCGAGGAAGAGGACCGCUCCAAUUUCAACAACGGCGUGGAGGAGCACAUGGCGGAGCAAGUGGAUGAAGAAGAAGAGGAAGAAGCAGAAGCAGAAGAAGACAGUGACGGUGGCGAAGGCGGUGAAGGGGAACAAACUGGAUCUGCUUCUCGGCAACCUUCGAGAACCCCUUUCACCAAUCUCAGCCAGGUCGAUGCUGACCUUGCCCUUGCACGAACCCUUCAGGAACAGGAAAGGGCAUACAUGAUGCUUAGAAUGAAUAAUGAAGGAAGUGACUAUGGAAGUUGGGAAGCUGGGAGUUAUUUGCAUGAUGAUGGAGAUGAUUUUGAUGAUCUGCAUGAUGGAACUGAUCUGGAUGAAGACGAUGAGGACGACGAUGAUGAUGAUGAUGACGAGGAGGAUUAUGAGAAUGAAGAUGAAGAUGCAUUUGAUGUCCAUGCUCAUGAUGAUGCUGGAGAACAUGAUAAUCCUAGCAUUGAAUUUGAUCCAGAUGUAUUUUCAAGUGAUGAAGCCUAUGCAAGGGCAUUACAAGAGGCUGAAGAGAGGGAAAUGGCAGCUAGACUCCUGGCACUUGCUGGGAUAAAUGACCGCGAGGCUGGGGAAGCAGAGGAUCAUGGUGCUAAUUCUCAGGAUGCAUGGGAAGAUGUUGAUCCAGAUGAACUUUCAUAUGAGGAAUUACUGGCAUUGGGUGAAGUAGUUGGAACUGAGAGCAGAGGUCUUUCAACUGAUACUCUUGCCGGUCUGCCAUCAAUCAAGUUCAAGACUGGGAGCGAUCAACAUGGAAGCAAUGAUUCGUGUGUCAUCUGUCGGAUGGACUAUGAGGACGACGAGUCCUUGACAGUUCUUUCCUGCAAACAUCUGUACCAUCCUGAGUGCAUCAAUAAUUGGUUGAAAAUAAACAAGGUUUGCCCUGUUUGCAGUACUGAGGUAUCUGCUUCCGGGAGCAGCUAGUAGGGGAUUUAAUAGCUGUCCUUCAAAAUGAAGAAAAACUGUGCAAGUUGAGGGCUAUUAUCCUUUAUAUUAGUACAUGCCAUAUUGGGGAGAAUAGUUUGUGGUUAUCCCUCUUCUCUGCUCUGGGUUUUAAUUGUAAACUUUUGGAAUCAGCUCUCAGAUUGUCUUUAAAUGGAAUGACUGGCGUUUUAGCAGAGCCCAUUUUAAUUUUCCCUUUUUGUUUUCCACUCUACAGGAUAAAGUGGCUAGUUACUCUCUCUCUCUC